UAGAAUGACUUCCUACAGACUACACAGACAAUACCUUGGAUCUCCAGUAAUAGUGUCUUACAAUGGCCACAGCACUUUUCUUUAAACAUAAAAGAAAAAAUGUAUCUCCUUUGAGUGAAGAUGAGCAAAUACUGGCAGAAGAAGCAAAACAGAGAACCCUGAAUAUCCUGACUGAUACUCUGAAGAAAAAGGACCGUCUGUUGGUGGAGAAACCAGAAGACUUCACUGGCCAUUCCUCGGAUAAGUCUAUUCCAUUAAUUAGUCUGGUACAAGAUCUCAUUAGUGAACUCCAGAAAGUGACCUUCGUGAGAGGCUGUCGUGAUGUACGUGAUAACUGGAUCACUUAUGUUUAUCCAAGAUCAGAUGGAAGAAUCAUUUUUCUCUGCCCACCUUUUUGGUUUAGAAGUACAUUUUUAGGUACUGAAUCUCGGCCAGCUGCGAUAAUCCAUGAAGUCUCCCACUUCCUAGGGUACGAACACACCAUUACUGAGACCAUGGAAAACAGAGCGGAAAAACAUUUUAAUCAACGAAAACUACUGCCCCUCACAAAUUACUGUAUCGAGUCAGCGUUUGCCCUCUAUAUGAAUCAUAAAGGGAUUUAUACAAAGGGUUUCUACAGCUGCUGCGGAGAGAGAUCCAGAGACUCCGUCUGUGAUAACUCUGAGAUGAGCAUUUAUUUAAGAAACAAGCCAUCUCCUUUGAGUGAGGAUGAGCAGAUACUGGCAGAGGAAGCAAAACAGAGAACCCUGAAUAUCCUGAAUGAUACUCUGAAGAAAAAGGACCAUCUGCUGGUGGAGAAACCAGAAGACCUCAAUAGCAAUCCCUUAAUUCCAUUAAUUAACCCAAGUCUAGUAGAAGAUCUAAUUAGUGAACUCCAGAAAGUGUCCUUCAUGAGAGGCAAAGAUCAGAAAGGUACAAUCGCUUAUGUUCAUCCAAGAUUAGGUGAUAGAAUAAUUUAUCUAUGCCCGCCUUUUUGGGAGAGAAGUGAAUCUCUGAAAAUUGACUCUUGUCUAGUAACAAUAAUUCAUGAAGUCUCCCACUUCCUCGGAUACAUGCACACAGUUAAAGAGACCAUGGGAAGCAGAAUGGAAAAACAGUUUACUCAUCGAAAACUACUGCCCCGUACAAAUUACUGUAUCGAGUCAGCGUUUGCAGAGUACAUGAAUCAUGAUCGUGCCUAUCUGAAUGGAUCCUACAGCUGCUGUGGUGAAAGGUCCAGAGACUCCGUGUGCAAAAAUUCUAAGAUGAGCCUUUAUCUAAGGGUCUUAAAAUCAGAGGAAAUGAAGAAAGUCUUAUUACCAAGUAUAGAAGGAAAUUAAUCUGAAUCUGCCAAUUACCGAUACCGAAUGUUCGAGAUACUUUCCAGAAUAAAUUCUAAUCCAAGUCUAAUUCUAAAAAUCAUACUAUUGAUCGUAAAAUAGUGAUUCUUAUUUCUCCACUUC